UUUGAAAAGGGCAAUUCGGCGAAUCAAAACGUCCAAGGAAGAUCCGGUAGGGGCGAAACGGGUAAUUCACCACCUCAAAAACCUCAAAACAAAGACAAAGGUACUGACGUUAUAAAAAAACAAAGAAAUACUGCUGCUUGCUGCUACUACUUUGUAUUAUUAUUUAUCUAAACCCAUCAACCAGAAGAACAACCUCUUCGCUGCCUUCUGCCUUCCUUCUCGUCAUCAUAUUCAGAAGCAUUCUCCUCGCUCCUUGCGAUCUCUCUGUUCCAUUAUUACGUGCCCCGCAAGCCACUCAACCUUCCUCUCUUAACUCUUUUCUUCUUCUCAUUAUGGUUUUAGUAGUUCAAAACAACCUUAACAACGCUGAAACUGAAAGUAUAACUCGCCUCUCUUCUUCUUCUUCUUCUCCUUACGAUGGCGACCCCACCGAAACGCCGCGUUUCAGUGAAGACCUCGAUUCCACCUGCUCCACUCCGUACGUCAGUGCGCCUUCCAGCCCCGGCCGUGGCCCCACCUCGGGAUACUUCUACAGUGCGCCGGCUAGUCCCAUGCAUUUCGUGCUAUCUUCCGCUCCGUCCGCCACGUGUCAUCUUUCAUCCGAGCCCUCGUUAAUGUCGGCACAAUCCGACACGUCGUCUUUCGAGUUCGAGUUCGAGUUCUCGUCUCGUUUCUCCAGCAGUGGUUCGGUUGAUGUUGGAUCCAUGAGUUCGGCUGACGAGUUGUUCUUGAACGGCCAGAUCAGGCCCAUGAAGCUGUCCUCUCACUUACAAAGACCUCAGAUCCUAUCUCCUUUAUUAGAUCUUGACGUCGAAGAAGACGACGUGGAGUUCAGAAACGACGAUGGUUUAAACAACCGAGGAGCUUCUAGAGGAAGAGAUCUGAAACUCCGUAGCAGAUCUUUGCACAGAAAGGCGAGAUCUUUAUCACCGCUUCGAAACGUAGAGUUUCAAUGGGAAGAAGAAGAGGAGGAAGAGGGUAGCAGAGAAGAAGUACAAAAAGAAGUUAGCCAACGCAUUUUGGAGGGUUUAAAAGAAACUGUCACUUCGAAUGAAACGACGCCGUCUUGUUCUGCCUCCUCAUCAAGAUCCUCAUCUUCCGGCAGAAACUCCAAAAAGUGGAUAUUCUUAAAAGAUCUUUUGUAUAGAAGUAAAAGUGAAGGGAGAGCAAAUGGGAAGGAAAAGUUUUGGACCUCCAUUUCUUUCUCUCCAUCGAAAGAAAAGAAGAUUCAAGAGGAAAAGCCACCUCCUUUGAAACAGAAACAAAAGGAAAACAAACAAGGAGCGGGUAAGAAAGUGAGUUCUGGAAAGCCAGCAAAUGGGGUAGCAAAACGACGGUUGCCUCCGUCGCCGCACGAGUUGCUCUACACUACAAACAGGGCUCAAGCUGAGGAAAUGAAGAAGAGGACUUACUUGCCUUACAGACAAGGAUUGUUUGGGUGCUUGGGGUUCAGUUCGAAAGGUUACGGUGCACUUAACGGACUCGCCAGGAGUUUGAAUCCAGUCUCGUCCAGGUAGUUAACGGAGGACAGAUUUAGAAAGGGUCCUGUUUUCUCUUGUAUAGUUUCUUUUUGGGUUAUUGAGGAUAUUAAAUAUAAAAUACAGUUUAAUGUAUUUUUAUUGUAAGUUUAAGGUUGCCCUCUGGCCUUUUACUUGUAAUAUUUUUGUACAGUAGAAAGAAGUUAGUAUGUUUUAGUCAACAUUGUUAAGCUUCUUCAGCUGCCUUGCAUUAUCUGAAUCCCGAAAGUUGAUUAAUUGCAGUGUUUCCGAUUUAUUUA